GAAAGAUUCGGGUCGAACCCGAGAACCCGGGCGGUGGCAUGUCGGCAAAUUAUGACCAAAUGAGCAGCAAUAGAUGUAAAGCAACCGAAACGACGUGGACAUUUUACUGACUAUUCCCUCUGUUCUGUCUCUCCCAUCUCCCUUCCUUUCUUCAGUCUCAAAUCUCCUGAGUUUACUCUUCAAAGUUCAAAGCAACAGGGAAAACGGAAAUCAACAAUGGCAAUGAUUUUAUGGCUUCUUUUGUCUCCUUUUCUUUUCCUCUCUGUUUCUGCUAAUACUCAAACCAAAGUAACUGACAACCCUGCGGAUGAGUUGGUGGCUGCGCUUAAUGCCAAUAGAACGGCACACAAGUCUUCAUCUCUCACUGACAACCCGGGCCUUGCCUGCAUUGCUUUGCAAUAUAUAAAAGCAUACCAAGGUGAUUGUGAUGCUGUAGGAGGGCCUGAUGCCAAGAAGCCUGCUGAUUCUGAAUUUGCUGAAACUUUUGCCCCAGACUGUGGUGUUGGUGCCUCAAGCCUCUCUCCAAUCACUGGCCGUUUACUUGGAUGCCAGUCCAAAUAUGUCCAGCCUCCUGAAGCAUUCUCAAUGUUGAUGAAAAAUGAGAAGAGUUUGGAAAUUCUCUACAAUAAGAACCACACAGAAGUUGGGGCUGCUGUGACUGGCACAGAUGGUGGGGCUCCCUAUUUCUGGUGUGUGCUGUUCAGCAGUGGUAAGCAAAACAAUAGCUUUGUUCUAGAAGGAGGUGUGGCUAAAAUUACGAGACCUGGAUGCUUUAGUGGCGCUAAUGACGAAUGCAGCGGUGCUGAUGAUUCAUCUCGACCUGGUCAUGUGUGGCUGUAUGCUCUUACAGCUUUCAUUGCUAUGGGAUAUGCCUUCGGGUUAUAAUCAUAUCCCUUAGCAUAUGAACUGUUUUCCUCUUGAUUGUUGAUUCUGAGGCACCCCAUUGCCUUGAAUAGCUUGGCCUCUGUAGGUGUUUUUUUUUUUUUGUUAUAUCAUCAUAAUUUUAUUGAUUACUUUUUCCACUUUGAGUGAGAACACACUUUAUGCCAUUGAUUCCGCCGGUUUCAUGUGUACAAUUUCAAAUGAUUGAACCUAUUCAAUUAUUAUUAUUGUUGU